UUGUUCUAUAUGCGCCGGUUCAUCCACAUGUUACGAAACCGAUUUCGAACCGACCGAUCGUAUGCCAUUGGGUUUAGCGUUGUAACUACAUUGGUCGAUCUUUCAUCAAACCGGGGACCCACGAUCAAGAAUCGUCUCACAAACAAUAUCUUCGUCUAAUCUUUUGUACGAUUGAGUCACUGACUGGCAAAAAGACACUCACUUCGGCAUUGUUCGGGCGAGGAUACUCUGAUCUACUUUGGGCAUGAUGGACGAAGUACCUAUAAUUGAUUUUUCAGCGUACAGUCUGGAUCGCGAGAGCCCAGAUCCAGAAAGGUUUCAGAAGCUUAUUGAUGAAGUCCAUCAAGCUCUUACUACCAUUGGGUUCAUGUACUUGGAGAACGUCGGGAUACCAGUUCAAAAGAUUAAAGAUGCCUAUUCUUCCUCCAUGACGUUCUACUCAUUACCAGGGGAAGAAAAACGCAGAUAUGCUGGACCAAAGGGUAUAAACAUGCAUGGAUACCAACAAAUGGAGAAGGAAAGGACGAAUCCGGAUGUACUUUUCAAAGAUCUGAAAGAAGUAUUCAGCUAUUGCCCAGCGGCCGGAGAAAAGACGUUUCCAGAGGACGCCCUACCUGAGUUUAAAUCGUCUCUUAUCGAGCUCUUCAAUGCGAUGGUUCCCCUUAAUCUUAGAGUGAUGGAGGUCAUAGCCAGAGGGUUAAAACUCCAAGACCCGCACUUCUUCCAAGACAAAUUCAAAUUGGCGGGAACAUCAAAGAGUCAUACAACCUUAAGGAGUGCGUAUUACCCCUCUCUGGAGGGUGUAGAAAUAAAAGAGGGUCAACUCCGUUGCGGAGAGCAUUCUGACUAUGGUGGCGUUACCCUCCUUAUACAAAACAGUCCCGGUCUAGAGGUGAAAACUGUUGACAACAAUUGGGUACCGGCACCACCGAUAGAGGGCACUGUGGUUGUUAACAUCGGAGAUCUAAUGCAGAGAUGGACGUCUGAUGUACUGGUCGCGAAUAAACAUCGGGUCGCUGUCCAAAGUGAUCAAAUGGAACUUGACCAUGAUCGCCAGUCCCUGGUCUUUUUUGGCUACCCGGAUAAUGACGUCAUAAUUGAGUGCACUGAUGGGACAAGCAAGUACCCUCCAAUAAACAGCGCCGAAUAUCUCCUCUCACAGUUACAGGCAGUCGGCGCUGAGAAUUUGUAAAACAUGUAAAAUGUAACAUGGAUUCACGGGACCUUUUCAUGAAUUUUCAGCAAUUACUAUGUCGCAUUUAUUGUAGAUAGAUGCAAUUAAUGCAAAAGGUUCUAAAUUUGGUUUCUUGAAGAGAUUGUUCGACUGGGACCCCUCGCGAAAAAAAUUGCGGUAAAGCGCUUAAAAAAUCAAUUACAGCUCGAAUUUCAACUCGUCAACACCAAAAAUCUGCGCUUACUCACCACUCUCUGCAUCUGGGUCCCGUUGCAGAAAGACUUGCAAUCAAUCGAAACUCUAAAAAUCAUGCGAAACUUGAUUUUCAACCGAUCAACAGCUCACAUUUUAGGACUUGCGCUUGAUUUUUUGACUUGCGUUUAAACGCAACUCUUUUUGCAACGGACCCCUGAUGGCGCACCAUAGACAUGAUAGAAAUAAAGAAAUUUAUCUGCGACAUUUUUAUUGCUUUACCUGAACGUGUAAAUGAUACUGGAAACGAGAAAAGUAAUUGGUCUAUUGUCUAUAAUGAUCGAGUGAUGUAUUUUCUACUAUUGUCUAUUAUGAUUGAGUGUGUAUAGUAUCGGCUAGCAUAUUUCCAUCAUGGGGCCGUUUCGUUAAGCUGUUCAUGAUUUUUCCGUAUUUUUCUUUUUAUUUGGUGAAUGUUAAUGCAUGAUACUGCCCCCUCCUUCUCCCCACAUAACAUUUUUUCUGUUUGAAUUGGGUUUUUUUUUCAACGACUAUCAUGCUGCCGACUACGGACCGACUAUAACUUCGGUCUCUUCAUAUGCACGAGUUUCCUUCAAGUUGUACUUUUGUACUUGAGAUGCGGAGAGCACAUGCAGCGAAAGAAAAAUCUUAAUUCUCAUUUGAGGGUAGGGAGGCAGGGAGGGGUGAGAUAAAAUGCAUUUUACUUCCCUUUUUUUUUUUUUGGGGGGGCGACAUUUUCUCUGCCCCCAUCCCCCCGAUUUCGCUCCCAUUCCCAGUCUAAUUUUUUUCCUCCAUUAAUAUUUCUUCAUUUAUUUUGCUCUUUCAUAAUUAUUGUCUCUUUCUUCUCUUAUUAUGUUUGUCUGUUGUUUUACUUUCAUAUAUUUUUUUUCAUCUUUCAUCUUUAUUUCUCUCUUAAAGUUCACCAUUCUCUCUUUUAUCUUAUUUUAUCUCCAUUUUCUUCACUUAGUCAUAUUAGUCGCCUUUUAUCUCUUUCGUUAAAUUCCUCCUUUUCUUCCUUUCAGUUAGUCGCCUUUUAUCUCGUCUUAAAGACAUAUAUUUCGGCACCGAUAACCAAAGCAACGUAAUAAUAAUUCAUCACGGACGAAAAUUUCUAUUUUCAAUCUCGACCUAUUUAAUAAUGCAGACCGAUUUCAAUUUUUACAAGGAAACUGGGAUUUACUAAGGGGUAGGGGGCACUUGAACAAAAUAGUGACAAUGAAAUUAUAAAAAAUAGAAGAAAAAUAACUAUAAUAAAAAAAUGUAUAUAUAGCACUAGGGGUACACGUGCCCCACUUCCCACCCCCUGGGCCAUGGCAUGUGAGGGCAAACAUAUUUUGCAGUUAAUAAUAUCUAUUUUUGUAGAAUAGAUGACUAUGAAGGGUUCUUCUUAUGUGGUGGUAUUUGCAACAUAUCAUACCAUGUGAACAAGGCCCGGCAACACAUCGGGCAGGCCAGCAGGUUAAAUUUACAUAACAAUAACACACAAUCAUGAUAAAUCACAAGAAAGAAAAAUAAUAAAUGUGAAAUUGGAAUUCCCUCCCUAAUCAUGUUAAAUCGGUUAAGACUUUUACACAAUU